GAGGGGCACCGGCCGGGCUGUGUGGAUCGUGCACUUUCAGCACCUUCUGGGCUGCUGGUGGUUUUGGGCCAGGCUCUGGGGCCGGGCUCCUGCGGUCUGGGGGGCAGGCAGUGGGCCUGUGCUGCGCCUGUCGUCCCCAUGCAGCUGCCUUGGUGGGGGCCUGUGCCGGGUGCUGCUGGAGAGCGCCACUUCUGGGGCUGCCUGAAGCCGGCCUGGGGUCUGCGCGGUGAGCCCAGCCCUGGGUGUCCUCGGGGCUCCCCUGCCCGACCCCCAUCCCUGAUCGCCCUGCGCCCUUGUGUCUCCCUCUGCUCCCUGCAGCAUUUCCUCCAGCUGGAGCAGAUUGGGGGCCAGCUCAGCGCCUCGCUGCUGCACUCCCACGACACGGAGACCCGGGCCACCAUGAGCAUGGCGCUGGCGGGCGACAUCAUCGCGGCAGGGCAGGAUGCCAGCUGCCACAUUCUCCGCUUCCGCCUGCAGGGGCCCGACGAGAAAACCGACAACAGCGCCCCCAGCAAGGCAGGCGGUGCGGAGAAGGGCCCCCGCAAGCGGAAGGCCCCCGGCCCCUCUGAGAAGGGCGAGGGCGACACGAGGAGCGAGGCGGGCGAGGUGGCAGUGGAGACGCUGUGCAGCGUGCAGACGGACUUCAGCCCCGACGCGCUGCAGAAGGCCGUGCGUGUCAGUGCCGACCAUUCGCUGCUGGCCACGGGCGGCGCCGACGGCUUCCUCCGAGUCUGGGAGUUCCCCAGCAUGAAGAAGGUGCUGGAGUUCAAAGCCCAUGACGGGGAGAUUGAGGACAUUGCGCUGGGUCCCGAGAACAAGGUGGUGACGGCGGGCCGGGAUUGCCAGUGCUGCGUGUGGCAGAGGGACCAGCUGGUGCUGCGGCUGCGCUGGGACGAGAACAUGCCGGGCAUCCCUGACAAGACCUACCGCUACCAGGCCUGCAGGUUCGGGACGGUGCCGGACCAGGCGGAGGCGCUGCGGCUCUACACGGUGCAGGUGCCCCACAAGCGCGGGCGCCGCCCCCCGCCCUGCUACCUCACCAAGUGGGACGGAAAAAGCUUCCUGCCGCUGCUCACCCAGCCCUGCGGGGGCGAGGUCGUCUCCUGCCUCUCUGUCAGGGACUCGGGCACGUUCCUGGGGCUGGGCACCGUGACGGGCUCGGUUGCCAUUCAUGUCUCCUUCUCGCUGCAGAGGCUGUACUACGUCAAGGAGGCGCAUGGCAUCGUGGUGACGGACGUGGCCUUCCUGCCCGAGAGCCGGCAGGGCCGGGAGCUGCUGGCCGAGAACGAGGCUGCCCUGCUCAGCGUGGCCGUGGACAGCCGCUGCAAGCUGCACCUGCUGCCCCCCAGGCGCAGCUUCCCCGUGUGGCUGCUGCUGCUGCUCUGCGCUGGCCUGGUGGUGGCCACCAUCCUGCUGCUGCAGCUGGCCUUCCCCGGCUUCCUGUAGGCGUGAGGAGCCCUGCGGGGACAGCGAGAGACUCUGCCUCUGCCUGGGGCACCUCGGGCCCUCGCCUGCCUGGUCCGGCCCGGCUCUGCCCCCAGGACAAUGUGAAGCAGCUCCGAGACCUGCAGCCCCCCAGGCCGGGUGCUCCUGCCCGUGGUGGGGAUGUGUGCGCCGGGCGUCUCCCGGCAUGGGACGGGCGCUGCCUGAGCUCUGGGGAACGGUGAGAUGCUCUGGGUGGGGGAGAGCCCAGUCUGUGCCAGUCGCCCAUCCAGCGACGUGCCAGCAGUGUCUGCCCGUGCUCCUGCUGCAACUCGCUGGCUGCCAUUAAAACUGGAGUCUGAGCUGUC